CCGACUGCGUUAGUCAAUAUAACGUCACUAGAUAUCAGCUAUAUCCUUUAUCUACACCUAAACAAUUAUUUGGCGUAUUUCUAAAAUUCUAGCCGGUUCGGUGUUUUGAUUCAAAACAAUAUGACCCAUCGAGUUUGUGAACGUCGAGUUUUGAGAUGGGACGGAGAUCGGCAUGCGGCGGGGGCGGGCGGACGUGCCAAGGCAGGCAGGCAAGCAACAUAUUUACUCAUACGCCCGAGGCGUAAAUCACCGUGCAUCUAUUUCGAGUUGGCCUGUGCGGGUGUGGGCACAGGCGGAGGAGGGCGGGGCGCGGGUAGACGCCGAUGCCGGUCUGGCGCCAGAAGGAUUCCCCAGCGCCCCGCACUCCCCGCGCCAUCGCUCGAGGUCGCCGUGCGCUCGUGUCGCUUUUCCGUCGCAAAUAACUGAUCUACCGCUUAUCCUCAAAAUCAGUAUUUUUUAACAAUAUUUUAUCAGGAGAAGCAACUGAUAAUGAUUGCCAAUGCCCAGGUAUUGUACGUAUGCAAUAUAUUCCUGGAAUUAAAAU